AUGGCUUAUUCCGUUGUACUCCAGGGUGGUGCACCGUGGGGAUUUCGUUUGCAGGGUGGAUGUGAAUUUAACGAACCAUUACGUAUCGCUAAGCGACCCGGAGAUCAACCGUCUGAUGCAAAAUCUGACGUAAUAAAACUAAUCAGAGAGACCGACUCUCGACCUCCGCAUCCUCCACCUCGGUCUAGCAGUCCUGACAACAAACGAGGGCACAGUUCGGUGUUUAUACCUCGACAACAACAAAAAGUGAAAACCACUCUGACCAUAAGACCUAGAUCUAAUAGUUUGGAUGCAUCUACUUCCCGUUCAUGGCAACCAAUCAACUUUAAGCCUGUAUCCAAGGAUGAUAAUGACAGAACAAUUACCUCUCCACCUCCCGCUGUGCCCCCUCCCCCUCAAGAAUACCAGUAUCCCCCUCCUCCCUCUCCCUCAUCUAAGGUGGUGAAAACAACCAUAAUGCUUCAGCCAGAAGUCAACAAGCCUAAAGUCCGCGGUAAUUGA